AGCUUCAGUCUGGAGUCGCUUCGACUGCGCCGCAAUGAGGAGAUAAAUCUCGAGCUCAUCUGUUCAUCUGAGGAUUUCUUGUCUCGUUUCUUUGUGGACUCGGAGGCAGCGGACCGAGGAGAGACGCGCUCAGGCUCUGGCUGCUCGGAGGAGAUACCCAGAAGAAUAAUGGAUGAAACACCAAAGUAAAUCCCUGUUAAUCUUUACAAAGUGAAUCAUGGAAGGCAGUGAGGACACAAACGCAACACAAACACAGAACGGUGUGUGCGGUUCUGAGGAGGUGGGAGGUGAAGUCACCAGGAAGGUGGACGAUAGAGGAAACCCAGCGAGUCCUGGCUCGUGUGAUGGCAGCGGGACUGGACUGAACAAAGGUGGGGUAUCUAACCACACAGACACUCCUGCACCGUCUCUGGUGAGUCCCACUGCCGAGCCUCCGGGAGGAGUGGCUCUCAAAGUGGCAACAACUGUCCUCCACCCAGUGUGUCUGGGAGAGAGUCCCCUGAUGCUGCCGAUCCACCUCCAGAUGGCCGGAGCAGCCGGGCCUCAGCUCAGCCAAUUAGGGGCGGCGCCGUACUUGAUAACGAGCCAAAGCCCCGUUUCACUUCCCCUGGUUUUAGACCAGCAGCUCAUCCAGCACAUGAGUCCCUCCGUCAUCCCCCAGACCACCACCUGCACGCAGCUGCCCCUCCAGAACAACACCCUGUGUCAGAACCCUUUGUCGUUUGCCCUACCUCCAGCUGUUGACCCGAAGACUGCAGGACAGGCGCAGGAAGCCAACCUGCUGUCGCUGCUGCAGAAUCCAGCAUUCRCUGCCAUCUUACAGGAUCUUUUCCCUCCACAGGCCGGUUCUUCAACCUGUCAGUCCCCGGGCUCUGCCUUCUUCCCUCAUCCUCCCUACACCUCCCCUCUGGCUCCUCUGGUCCCUCCUGCUACGCUGCUGGUCCCCUACCCUGUCAUCAUCCCGCUGCCAGUGCCUCUGCCCGUCCCCCUCCCCGUCCCCGUCCCAGUCCCUCAGACAGAGGACUCUAAGGGCAACGUGCCAAAACCAAUUUGCACUGUGAGUAAAAGCACCCAGACGUCACUGAAAGAUGCUACCUCUCCCUCAUUGUCCUCAAGGAAAUGCCAGCCGUCCUUGCAGCCACAAAAUGUGUCCCCAUCCCUGACGUCUCCAGAGGAGGCACAAGUUCUKGACCUUUCUGUCAAAGCGUGUCCGAUAGAACUGAAACAGGAGUACCCCAGUCCGCAGCAGGACAGUGUACUGGACUUGUCGGUGCCCAGUGUGAGGAAACCGGUGGCCUCAGAGUCAGGUCAGGAGUCGGGCAGCGCUGCAUUGUCUCUGGGUGUGGAGUGCAGUCAGAGUUUAGAUUCCAAACUCCUGGGCAGCCUGACUUCACUGGAGUUCAGCCGGCAGCACAAGUGGCUGGUGGACACCAGCGUGUCGGGCUCCGGCUCUCUGGGUCAGCAGAGCGGAGGCGGAAACCUCGAGAUUGUCAGCACCUCUCAGACGGCCAAGGUCAUCGUCUCCGUGAAGGACGCCAUCCCUGCCAUCCUCUGCGGGAAGAUCAAGGGCCUCUCGGGGGUSUCCACCAAGAACUUCUCAAUCAAGCGGGAUGGCAGCCAGGGCGCCUCUCUGCAGCAGCUCUACAGGAUGCCGUCGGUGUCUCGGGGGCAGCAGGACCCCAACAACAAUCAUAAAAAGGUGUCUAAAAACAGAGCAAUCAAACUGAAGAAGGUCAGCUCUCAAGAGAUCCACCUUCUGCCCAUCAAGAAGCAAAGACUCGCCGCGCUGCUCCCCAGGAAGUAAGAGCACUCACCCAAGGGGGGGCCGGGGAGGGGCGUCAAUGGCUAGACGUCUCCCCAGACUGUGUAACAUAAAACAUGUGGUGACAUUCUAUAAUGGAACAUCGAUGUGUCCAAUCAGAGCAAAGUUUGGCUCAUGAAGGUGUGUGACACAUUUCAUUGGGUUUCAACCAACAGCUGUUUGGUAACGUUACAACCCCGAAGUGUUCGAAUGUGUCAGGCAGCUCAUCUGUUCGUCUGUGUUGUCUCAAUAAAUCAGAGAUGUUCAUUUUAUAACAUGUUAUAAAAAGUCAAACAUUCCUAUGCUUGACUUUUUACGUCCAACAAAGACACAUGGUUCCAUUCUGCUGUUUGGCUCUGCAGUUUUAUUUUCACAUGCACACCUUUUUUUCCCCUCGUCAUUUAAGCGCACUGACAACCUAAAAGUCCUGUGCACAGGGCUGACGUGACCAAGACUGUUUAAACUUGUCACUGGAAAUUCCCAAAGUCAUCAGUGGGUUAGCGAAGCGAAUCGUCCUCUCCUGAUUGGUUGGCGGUUUAGCCUGACAGACUAAAGACCGGAGCCAGUUUCAUCAAACCAAUGUUGGCAGCUCUUAGCUGAAAAAAAGCAAAGGGCCUUUUAAUUGUUUUCAGAUUGAAACUGAGCUCUCCAUGAGGCUUUUUAAAUACAAGAAAAGCAUUCCUUAAAAAAAAAGCUACUUUUGUUGCUGGUUGAUGAAAUAUCUCAAGAUCCUAAAACCCUCCUUACUGUGUUCAUUAUGAGUGAGAAAAUAAUUGUUUGUUUUGUACGUGAUGUUAGUCCUCUUUUAUCCGUCAUGCUGUGAUCAGGAUCUGAGUGCACGUUUUKAUAGUUGUAGCUAAAAAAAUGAAAAAAAAAAAAAUACAGUGAAGCUAUUCUGCUAAAACAUCAUUGCCCCUUCUUUUUGUUGCUGCAGCAGUUCUGCAAACCUGGCCAAGAACUAACAGCAGCCAUGUGCAGAUAUGAGAAAUACCUUCUUUCUUUAAAAAAAAAAAAAAAAGGCAAUUUAUUUUAUUUAUGUCCCUGAACAUCUGCCUGCAUUCCUGUCAGGAGAGAGCUCUGGGUUUUAGCUGGUUGAACUGAUCACUUUUCUUGGAUUGAUUUUCUUUAAUUUAAUAUAUGUGCACUUUGUAAAAUUAUUUAUGCAGUGUGUUAACCUGGAUGGUCCGUUUUAAAGGUCUCAAAAGGAUUUGGCAGUCUUUCUGUUUUGAUGCCUUACAAGCUGGAAUUUAAAAAGAAUUUGACGUUUGAAUUUAUGCAACAUAAAUACCACUCUGAAGAUACUAAAAGUAUUUUUUUUGGGGGGGGGGGGGGCAUAAGAUAAGACAAAAAACUUAAGCUUGCAUAACUAUUCACAUCAAGCCUCUUCAGGUUCAGCUCAUAAACUUGGCACAUCAGACCUGAGGAUUCUUCUGCUUCAGUUCACGAUGGGUGGGCAGCCAUCUGUAAAUCAAACUGGAGAGGGGCUUUGACUGAACUAUUUCAGAAUAUUUAACUGUUUCACUUAUUUUAAUCUGAAUAGAAAUCAGUUUAAACUGCAGGUUGUAAGGCAACAACACAGAGAGGGGUGAAAACUUGUACGAUUGUGUGAUGUGUGUGUGUGUGUKUUAUMUUGAACUCUAAUUUGAAGGUCCAAAUCUGCAUGUGUGCCUGUUUCUGAUUGCUUAGACUGAAAUAAAACUGAAUAGAUUUGGUUUUUAAUUAUUUAUACAUGGCAUUUAUAAUAAAAAUAAAUCCUUUGGU